CCUGGGCGGGCCGCGGCGCGGCUCUUCCCGUCUGGCCCGUCCCCCCGCGACGGGAAGUGGGAGCCGGGGGCCGCGCGCGGAGGCCCGGGGCGGCGGAGCCAUGGAGGGCGCGGGCGCCGGGCCGCUGCGGCGGCUGCUCCUGGCGCUGGGCUGCGCGUUGGCGGCCGCAGGAGCAAAAGUUCUUCCACCUCCAUCCAACCUAGACUUUUCGUUUGUCCAAAUCUGCACCCUGAACUGGACGUGGACAGCCCCGGAGAACGUCAGCAGCAGCUGCAACCUGGAAUACUGCAGCGACAUCGUCAUCAAUGAAGUCCCCCAGGACAGAAGAGAAUGGAGUAAGAGUCUCUUCCGUGUGACCGAUACGUUCCUGAAUGGGGAGAUGCGUUUCAAAGUGAGAAGUGAAUGCAAGUACGAUAACACGAGUGAGCCGAGCAGAUGGGUAGAGACUUCGGUUCGGCCAAAAGGUGUCCCGGGUACUGCGGCUACGGACUUGGACUGCGUUUGGCACAACCUGGAGUACAUGGAUUGCAAGUGGCUUGCCGGGAAGAACGCGCGCAGCGACACCGAGUAUGCUCUGUUCUACUGGUAUGAUGGCUUGGAAAGUCCUAAGAAGUGCAACAAUUACUCCGUGUGUGAAGGAAUCUUUGAAUGCAUUUUCAAUCUUACCUUCCCAAAGGUCUCCAAUACUUAUCCAACUAUCAGUAUUUUGAUUAAAGAUGAUUCGGAGGAAAUUAGGCCUCUAUGUGAAAGUAAAAAUCCUACCACCCUUGUAAAACCUGCUACCCCAAAAGCAGUUACACUGUCAAAGAUUAAGGAUGGAAUACAUCUAGAAUGGAGCGAAUCGGACACCUUUCCAGCAAAUUGUCUGUAUUAUGAGGUGGAAUACCACAGCGAUGAUCCGGACACCGCUCAGACCAUUAAAGUUGAAUAUAAUCAUACUACCGUUCCCAGUGUUGAUCCUAAUAGCAAGUAUACCUUCAAGGUGAGAGCAAAACCAAAGCCCGAGUGUUACAGCAGCAAGCUCUGUAGUGACUGGAGUGAGGAAAAGAGUAUUGGUGAAAAGCCAGACUCGAUGUUCUAUUUUGUUUUAAUAAUCACCAUUCCCAUAAUAGUAGCAGUAUCUACGAUAAUUCUGCUUUUUUACCUAAAAAGGCUGAAGAUAUUAAUCCUUCCACCAAUUCCUGACCCUCGGGAAAUUCUUAAGCGUAUGUUUGGGGAGCAGACUGAGGAUUCCCAGAGCGGUGCAAAGGAUGAUUCUGUGAACGCUUACAACAGGUUAAUUAAGGAAGAAGAAAUUCAUUCUUUAGUUUUAACAGAAACUCUAGAGUGCUCUUAUUCUGAAAAUGAAAACCGAUAAACUCUCUUUAUCAACGAAUGAUGAGGAAAGACUUUUCUUCGUGCUCCCUUACCUCAGGUGACAACGUAGAUGUGGACCAGCCUGUAAGACAUUCACCAGCUUUCAACUUACUGAGUCCUUUUUGAACCUUCUCAUCUGUAUGAUGCUCAGAAGAAACAUCACUAUCAUGGGCCAUUCCUCCAUCUCUGCUGGAAAUACUCAUCCUGGGUCUUUCGAGAUGAGUGUGUACAUAAAUUUCAUCUGUUGACAGCGUUGCAGCAUCUCUCAUCCUGGUGCCAGCUGUGCCCUACCACCUACCGUUUACACUUGUGUUUGGGCCUCCCGUUAGGCUGUAGGUGGGCUUUUUUGGCGCAGGCACUGUGACUUCGCUGAAGUACUUGGUUCUGUUUUGCAGCAGGUGAGACAAGGCUCGUUUACAGCUGAUGGUUCAUUACUGGUGCUAUGUGGAAGUGCUGCCAGAGCAGAUGCUAGAGCAGAUGGGUCAUUUGUGAAUGGUCUGUUCCCAGGCGGCUGGACAGGGAGCAGGGUGUUUUCCAGAGGGCAUUUAUGGACUGAUCUUCAGAAGCUUCUGGGUGAUGUGCUUCAGCUAUGGGCUGAUCAAACCCAAUAAAAGAGAAUUGGGAUUUUCUUUAAAAUGUAUAUGAAAAGCCUCUUCACCUUCCAGUGGUGUUCAGUCUAUUCAUAGAACGGCCUUGUGCUUUUAUUAUUAUUUUGUUAUCCUUUCAAGUGCCUGUCCUCAGGCUUUUUACCUUGCCUCCAUGAACUGCUUGGGUUAAUUAUACUUUGUUUUAAAUGAUAAAUAGGAUUCUUUACCUGUGUUGUGCUGUGGCUGAUGACUCUGUAUAGAGUCUCACCUGACUGUGGUUCUACUUUGGCCAUAUUGGCCUGAAAGUGUCUGAUUUUGGAAGCUAGGUCAUCCCGAGUCUGUCUAGCAAAAUUACCAAAUGACGGAUGCAUGAGUCUAAGGAGCCAUGGUCAAAUGCUUAACACAUGCUAAACCACAGAAACGGGAUGAAUUCAAAGACAUUAAGACCCAUCCUCACUGCUAAGCUGAUGAAUUUGGUGGAAGAGGGGAUGACAACCCUGGCCUGCCUUCUGGGGGAGAAGCUUUCUUCUUUCUCUGAUGAAAAACUUCCUCUCUUGGAGCUUGGCAAUUUGAAAGUAAGGUGCUGAUUUGACUUUUUAAAUUUUUCUCCUACAUUUUCUGCAGCAGCUUGAUUUUUUUUCUUUUUCUUGUAAAUCACAAAUUGGUUUGUUCAUUUUUAUCGUGGUUUCGUUCUGAGGUGCUUUACCCAGCAGAGUUCAACGGAAGGUUACUGGCACAACUGUGUAUUUUCUCUGCUCGAAAUUGUGAGCAUCAGUCUGUACCUUGUGCUGCAAGGAUGUCAACAGCAGCACCUUGACUGUGCUCUCAGAAAGGAGGCAGAAAGUAAAGGGGAGAAGGGGAUUUGUGCAAGCUGGCUGUAGUUAGCAUCCAGGGAUUGCUUUUCCCGAGCAGGUAAGUGUGUGCCAGCUGGGACAGACAGUCUCGGCAGCCUGGGAUCAGAUCCCUUCCAAAGAUUGCCAGGGACAACUUCUAUCGCCACUAACUUAUAUUUUAAAAUUCAGCUCUAUCCUCAAACUCGGUUCAAUCAAAAAUCUGAAGGGAAGCACUAUUUUGGGGCACAUUCUGUUCUGUGAGAAGUAGGACUAGUGGAGCUUGGCUCCCCGCUACAAAUUUACGUCCCCUACCUGCUCUGUGUUCCCUGCCUUAAUAAAUCCAGGUGCUUUCCCUUGAGCCUCUCAAAAAUAAUUCCCCCCACAUCUCUUACCUACCUCUAGCUACUGGUGGUAGAAACGGGAGGAGAAAUGUAGCAGAACUAGCAGGCCACAUAAGAGCUUACAUCUUUUACUUAAAAUCAGGCUUAAAAAAAGACAUAAAAAUUGGCUAAUGAAACGAAACAACAAAGUCUCAGGGAUUUCAGUGAGAUGUAACAAAACUCAGGUUAUCCAAAAUCAGCUAGCAGGAAUAUUUGCUAUUCCAGAGGUAGAGGAACAGUGUGGGGCAAAGAAUUAUUUAAUUCCAGUGCCAACUUAACUCCCUUCCCUCCCCCACCCUGAAAUUCAUGUUAUGAUAGAAUUAUAAAUAUUUUUCAAAUCUACCUCAUCUAGAAUGUUGCUAAUUAUAGAUCACUAGACAAGCAGAAAUGUAUUAUUUCAAUAAAAGGAAGCGUAAUAGUGUAAUAUAAAGUUUUAUGGCUUUCGAUAAAACAGUCAAGGAAGAAGAUCCUUGGUACUUUGCCCUAAAGUCUUUUGACUCUGCUUUGGUGUUGAUAAUAAAAUCAAAGUGUAUUUUUGUAAAAACCAACAAAACAAGUUCAUAAAGCAAAAGGAAGAAAAGACAGACUGAAAGUGCUAGGCCGAAAGGAAGACUUAAAUGCAAAGGGUGGUUUAGAUCGUGGUAAAAAUGGUUUGAGUAAUUCUUUGUUUUCUGACUAAUGGUUAUCGACACACUUCCUAACGGAUGGAUUUCUUGAGUCUGUGCUUUGGCAUGUAAAGCAAGCAUCUCACUGUAUGUUAAUCUUUAAAUUCUCUUGUUUAUGGGGGUUUUUUUUAGCUUGAAAUUUUCUUAGUUUUGCUAACGUUUGUUUGUUCUUCACUGCAGUUACUUGAUUUGUAAGUUUGUUUAAAGAAUGAAUAAAUACGUUUGAAUGUUUUUUGGUAUAA